AGAGAAUCGCCGGUUGCAACUUUACAUUCAUUUGUGCGCGUGAAGGUCCGCCACCGCGUCACAUAUAGCUCCAUAUCUCAGCAUACAUGAGCAAGGGAGGGGCUGCUGCAAAACACAGAGAUAGAAUGAAUGCAAAGAGCCUAAAGAACACUUCCUGUUGAUGCUAAAAUUGAAGCCGCAACUCAGCUGUCUGACACAUCUGGACUGGAGAGGGGGGGAGGCCUGGCUGUAGUGUUAGCGAACUACUUGAAGGGAAUGGACAACAUUUAACGCUAAUCUGGCAAGACGGCUGUCGGCAAACUGGAGAAACGUAUCCAAGAAAUGGACGACGACGGCACCUACAUCGAGUUUGAUGUGCCGGAGUUCAGUAACACUGUUCUUACUCAACUCAAUGAGUUGCGACUGCAAGGGAAACUGUGUGACAUCAUUGUUCACAUUCAGGGCCAGCCAUUUCGAGCUCACAAGGCUGUGCUGGCAGCUAGCUCACCCUACUUUCGUGAUCACUCUGCUCUCAGCACCAUGAGUGGUCUUUCCAUCUCAGUCAUCAAAAGCCCAGAGGUGUUUGAGCAGCUUCUUGCUUUCUGCUACACAGGUCACAUGUCCCUACAGCUCAAGGAUAUAAUCAGUUUCCUUACUGCAGCCAGCUUUCUUCAGAUGCAGGCAAUCAUUGAUAAGUGCACCAAAAUCCUGGAGGGCAUCCAUUCCAAGAUCAGCCUUCCCGUUAGUGCUGGCAGCCCAGAGAAGGACAACUUACAGACAAGUCACAAUGGCGUGAAUGACAGCAAUCUCUUUAUAAACCCUAGCCAGAUCUCCCCCCCUUAUUAUUCCCGGCAGAAUCAGCCAGGCAUUGAUGCACGGUUGGAGUUGGCAGGAAAAGGCCAAGGACGAGUACGGCAACAAGAGGAAGGCCAGUCGGAUCGCGGCAGUAGUGAUGGCGUAUCGGAGCAAGAUGCCCCCACUGAGGUUGAAAUGGAGCAAGUAGAACUGAUUGGCAAAGAUGGACAAGUAACGGAUGUUCAUGUAAAAGUAGAGAAAACGGACAGGCCAAGUUACUCAGAUAGUUCCUCGGCUGGUGAUGAUGGCUACCACACAGAGUUUGUGGAUGGAGAUCAGAUUGUUGCUGUUAGUGUGGGAUCCUAUGGCUCAGUCAUCCAGCCUGCUGCAUAUUCUUAUUCAGGGUUGUCCUCCCCGUGUUUUGUCAACCUGAGCAGCUCCAGUCCUUCUCGUUCCUUGCUUAGUGGUGUCAGAGGUGGGCGAGCCAGAGCCAAGCGCCCCGUGGCCAUUACAGCAGGAGUGCUAAGUAAUGUCAAACCUGGCUCAGAUGAUGGCGAACAAGUUGUGGGUGCCACUGGAUUGGAAAAUGAUGUGCGAGAGCGUAGCCUACGGAGCCAGUGGUAUCCCUACAACGAGAGACUCAUUUGCAUUUACUGCGGAAAGACCUUCAAUCAAAAAGGUAGUCUGGACCGCCACAUGCGUCUACAUAUGGGGAUUACUCCAUUUGUUUGUAAAUUCUGUGGCAAGAAGUACACAAGGAAAGACCAGCUGGAGUACCACAUCCGUGGCCACACAGACAACAAGCCCUUCCACUGUCAGAUCUGUGGAAAAUGCUUCCCAUUUCAGGGCACCCUUAACCAACACCUGAGAAAGAAGCACAUGGGAGCAUCAGAGAUCAGGAAUCAUAUGGAUUCCCCAGAGAGAAUGGAGGGAAGCUCGGGUCAGAAAGACCAAGAAGACCCAACAGAGGGGAUGGCCUUUGAGGCGCAAUAUGCAGAAGAGGCACCGGCUAAUGAUAUGGAAGAGAGUUCCAAAUGCAGUCCAGAGGAGGCUCAAGCAUCCAGAUGUGACUUUUAGGUCCUGCUUCAGGGGAAGCAAGCUUUAAAAAAUGAUCAUUUCAACCCAGUUUAACGCACUCACUUUUUGAAUCAGCUCAGUGUUUCAAGGACCUUUCCUGAGACAAGGAUUUCUGUCAAUGUUUUGAAAGUGAGAUGCUAAAUCCAGAGAGAAAACGAGAUGCUUUAUAAGAAUUCAUUUAAGCAAAGGGAGUAACAACUUACUAUUUUUGAGGUGGUCCUAAUAAUCAAGACCUCUAGUUGAUUUCUCUUUAUCUUUCCAUGUUUUUUUAAACUAUUUACAGAGUUAUAUAGGCAUGUUGCAAUAAUUGAUAAUGUGAAAGCUCUGGUAAGAUGCUUGUCAUAUCACCUUUUUACCUGACCUGUUUUUGCACAUGUGGCCACUGGAGGUCACUUACUCACAAGGAAUGAUUUUUCUGCCAGUGCAAAGCUUAGUGUGACAUAUCCGUUCAAUACCUCAUGAUGCAACUACAUACUCAUAACAGACAGUAUUUUAACUUAAACUCACCAGGUUCUACCUCAUAACCAAGAACCUACAAUGCACAGAUGUGCACACAGUUUGAAUCCGUUUUAGGUUUUAUGUACAGUUUAUCUUAUUGCCAAACUCUGUAGUAAAUGUUCUUUUUACACAAAGCCUUGAUACUUGGGGGGGGAAAUGUUCCUUGCUGAUUGUGAAAUGAGGACUCGUUUCAUGAUCAGCUAGGUUAAACUAUGAUUAAGAAGGUGCUACGUUAGGAGUGCAUUAAGCCUGCUAGCUUAUGUGCUUUUAGCAAAUGUGGAAAACAGUUCAAGAGAAUGGCUGUGAUAUGAUUUAAAGAUGCAUUUUUCUGUUUUGUAAAAACUGUUAUUCAAAUCACUUCAGGAUUUUAUCGCACAUCAGUACUGGAAGUCUCGUUCAGUUGGAUUUAGAUGCUGUCAUCCAUGUAAUGGGUGAAUUACGUCCACGCAGUAACAGUUUGUAUUCCUCUAUACCCUUAUGGCACAUUUAUACAUAAAGUAUGUGUACUUGUUUUAUCCCAAGAGAGGCUUCCAAUGUAAUACUCAGUGUUUGACAGAGACGAGGGUACUCACCGUCAAUCUAGCACAUACGGAGCAGUCUUGAACAAUAUGCAAAAAGAAUGAACAAAGGAAUUUCAGCCAUUGUCAGAUGGUUUUAAAUCCGGUGUUUGAAAAGACUUCUUUGUUUCAUUUUUCUGUUGUUACAGAUUAAUAACAUGGUUUUCUCGUUUUGUCAGUUCAUUUUUAUUACAUCAUCAUGGAUGUGACUUAUAGCUGAAUUUAUGGUAAAAACUAAAUCAUUUAAAGGUAGUUGGCUAUUCAAAGUAUUGAUGCCCUUUGCAGAGGGAUUUUUGGGUGGAGUUCUGUUGAGGCGAUUGGACCGAACAAACCUGCAUCAUCCAGGUGACUGGCUCUGGGGCAGUACAUUCACCUGUUUAAAAAGUAACUUUAAUGACACUCUGCAAUCAUUAAUACUAUUGAAUAGAAGUCAUGCAUGUGGUAUGACUUGUUUAAUCUAAUCUCUUUGUGCUAUGGGGAUCAGGGACGGGAUGUUUUAUAUAUGAUGGGCACUUGAAACGUGUCGGAUUAUUAUUACUACUAUUUUUUAUUUUGCAAAAUUAAAGCUCAGCCAGGUGGGUUUUAUGUGGGAUUCUGCUUUCUUAUUCACCAUCAAGCUGUUAAAUGCUUUUACCCUGUCUUUUAUUUUUGGGAAGAGCACGUGCUUUAUAUAGGUUUUGUCCUAUGCUGAAUCAUUUUCAAAGACCUUAGAUUGAAUAUUUUACAGUUUUUAAUUAAUUUUCUACUAACUGCAUUUGUUGGGAUCAUAUUUUCAGUUUGAAGCAGUGUCAGUCCUUUUUUUUUCUUCUGAAUGUGCAGUUGUCGUCUUUACUCUGCGACAGAAAAGAUGGCGAACCAAAAUUUUAAGAAUUUGGCUACAAUCAGCAUAGCUAGCUUUUCUUUUUCUUUGUGUACGAAUCAGUCACACACCUUUGAUUACAGCUAACAGUCUGUCGGCCUAUAAAUGUUUACCAAGUGAAGCUUAUAUCUGUCUGAAGCUGCCCGGGCAGCUUCGUCAACUGACUUGACCUUAACCAAAAUCAGUUGCUGACUAGUUAAAAUGUCACAGUAAGGAACUUUUCCCAAUUUUAGAUGAUAUAAGAACGUCUUUUUCUUUGAGGGAGAAAUGUGAUUAUUGUUCUAUGAAUCAUAGAUACAAACUGUUCAAAUAAUCUUGUGCCAAGACACCUCACCAAAGACUAAUGGAUGACUUACAGUCCCUUUGAAUUAUGAUGCGUCAUUGAAGCAUGGUUUAAAUUAAUGUAGGAUUAUUAGUUUAUUGCUAUUUGCAAGUAAUGCUUGUUCCUUGGCUUGUAACAAUCAUUUGUGUAAAAUUAGAACAAGUUGCUAAGAACAUAUUGAGUAGUGAAGUCAUAAGUAAUAUAAGAUAUGAAGCCAUACAAAAGCUGGUAAUAGAUAAGUUGUGCAAUAGGAGUCAUAUUUGCUUAAAGUCUGCUUAAAAGAGAGACAAAGGAAAAUUAUAGAGUGGCAUCUUAAACUUAGUGCCUUGCCACCAGCUUUAUAUUUUAGAUUCUGGCGUUUGCAUUUCUGUGCCUCGUUCAUUUUAGGGUAAAUAAGUCAAUAGAGUCGAAUGGCCACGUUUAUUGUCAGGUGUUACCAUUAAUGAGAAGAAUCCAUGUUUUUUGUGUGCUCUCCUUCUUUCCCUCUUCUUGGUUUUCUCUUGUUCGGCAUGGGGACAGGUAGGGACUAAUUUAGUAGCAGUUGAUCUCAAUCAGGAAAGGCAGGCUUGUUUCCUGUUCCCCGCUGUUCAGAGACUGUACUCUUAAGACAAUCUGAGCAGUUUACGCAAGGAAGGAGGUGCAUGACAAACACAAAUCUACUUCCUUUCUGUUCCUUUGGAGCAGAAAACUGCUUGAAUAUUUAGCAGAUGAUCUACUGAAUAUUUUUACAGGAAAAACAAAGCUUGUCUUCUUAUACUGUAGCCGAAUUGCACGUUGCUCAACCACAAAAUUGUAAAAAAAAAAAAUUGCCAAUUGAAAUCUUUUAACUUUGGGCUUUCUUUUUUAUUUUUUAUUGAUUGUGCACUUAUGGUUGAUUUGUUCCAUCAAGAAAGUCUUAAGCUCAGUAUGUACCUGGUAGGGACUGAGUGCUUGUUCCCAAUUAUUUUAAUGAGUAUGUGGUGCUUUUUCAACAGUCAGUGUUUAUCUCAGACUGGUAAACAAAUCCAUAUUCAUGAUUGGUAAAUGGAGGCAGAAUUGUUUUAAGACUUUUAAUAAGAUACAUGUGUGAUAGUGCAUACCUACAGAACUAAGUGAACCUGACACACUAACAUCGGCUCCCAGUCAACGUUUUGUUCCACCUCUCUUGAGAGUGAAAGGAAAUGCAUUUUUUGGGCCACAAAUACACAAAAGGAAGCGUUUACAAGGGACGGCUGUCAGACUACUUUUUGAAAUUGCAGCUUGUCCUAUUCCUUUUAUUAAAAAAACUCACUUCAGGUAGUUGACAAACACUGAUACAGGCUUAGAAACAAAAAUCACAAGUCUUCCAUGGCUUUUCUGUCAGUUUCUGUCCACUGUGUAUUACUGAAAGAACAGCAAUAACAUGUUUUUGAAAGUGAAAGUGGUGUUUUGGAUCAUCAAGGCUACAAAUAUUGGCCUGUUACGUAUCAAAACUAAAUGCCAGGGCGUUGUUAAAGUAGGACCACGACAAUUUGGUAUCGAUUUGCUUUGUUAUAUAUACCUUGUGAUACUUUGGACAGGUUAGCUUAAAAUGUUCAAGUGAAAAUGGUGUUGCUAAGAGAUGUUUUAAAUCCAGCGGUAGGGAGUAAACUGCAAUGCAGAAAGUGAGCCUGUGGUUCAGUGAUAAACUCAGAGGUGCACUUCCACCUGAGUCUAAAUAAUAAAAGGGAUUUUUGGGCUGUAUCGCCACUGUUUGGAAGUGGGCUAUUUCCUGGCUUGUCGAAGUUCAAUGAUCUCCUUUGGUUCCUCACGCUUCAAGGAAACUGUUGUAGUUCAAGGUCAGACAGGACGUUUUUGGACCAGCUGAUGUUCUUUAUCCCUUUUUGUAAAUCCUGAAACUGCACUGUAAUGCCUCUGGCUUGCAUGUGUUUGGUGACGAGGCAAAAAACAAACCAACAUCAAACUCAGGGUAUACCAUGCUAAAAAUGGACAUCCACCUUUCGUCUGUAGUGGAUUAGUACAGUUGUAGUCAGGUGGGGAUACAAAGCUUCAGUCAGCGGUUCUUAAACCUUCAAGAUCAAACAAGUUCUUGUUUUCCACAAAAUUAAAAGUGGAGGCCCUCUGGAGACCACAAACCGAACCAUGACAGCAGAACGGUCUCUUCUCCUGUUUUGUCCACUCUACACACAACCUCACAACCCAACUGUGAACCUCAGAACUCUACUGUUUUAUACAACUAUGAAGUAAAUGAAGCUAGCUACAGCUGAUAUUGUAUCUAUUGCCAUUUAUGAAUUUAUUUUAUAGCAUGAAACAAAUAUAUUUAUUCAAAUUAUAUAUUUUACUCAUAAUCAUUCUGUGCUGCUUCAUUUGGGUUCUUAAGCUUGUAAAUUGCCUUUUUAUUAUAUAAAGAAAUUGUCCAUAGAUUAAUGCGUUUGUAAAAUAAAGACGCUGAUUUGGA